AAUGGCUUAAUUUGGGCAUUUAACUUGAAAAGUUUCUAUUUCGAGGAGGACUAGCCAAUAAUAAUUUUGACGCAGACUCUGGAUUCGCUCAAGAAUUUAGCUGCGCCGUGAAAGGUAAUAUUAUGAAGUGCAUGACAGGGGUCCACGCACAGCAGACCACUGGGCAUUAACAAUGCAAACUGCACUUUCUCCUUCUAUAAAAUGCAGAGUUGUCUAAGCUUGAAGCUAUCAGGUAAAACUUCUUUCUUAGCUUUCACAAAUUUUUUGAAACAUUUCCUAAUUCUGUUUCCAUGGCUCCUGUUCCCAUUUCUCCAAUUAACGUUGGUCAUAUUGAUGAUGUUCAAGAACUGAGAAAGGCUAGGCCAGCAACAAUCCCUGAAAGAUUUGUUAGGGACAUGACAGAAAGACCAACACCAGCCACAGCUCUACAGUCUCCUAAUACAGUUCCCAUCAUUGAUUUCUCAAGGCUUGUUAGAGGCAAUAAAGAUGAAUACGAGAGUGAAAUGUUGCAGCUGACAAGAGCUUGCGAGGAGUGGGGUUUUUUUCAGGUGAUUAACCACGGGAUUGAUCUGAGUUUGCUGGAGAGUAUAGAGAAGGUUGCCGAGGAUUUCUUCGUUCUGCCUUUGGAGGAAAAGCAGAAGUAUCCCAUGUUGCCGGGGACUGUUCAGGGAUAUGGACAGGCCUUUGUGUUCUCUGAGGACCAAAAGCUGGACUGGUGCAACAUGUUUGCUCUUGGGCUUGAGCCCCACUUUAUAAGAGUCCCGAAACUAUGGCCAGCAAAGCCACUCAAGUUCAGUGAAACUGUAGAGGUCUAUUCAGGAGAAGUGAGGAAGCUGUGUCAGCAUCUACUUGAAUAUAUAGCCAUGACACUAAACCUGAGAGCAGAUUUUUUUGAAGAGAUGUUUGGGGUGGCUGUGCAAGCCAUAAGGAUGAACUACUACCCGCCAUGUGCAAGACCGGACCUUGUUCUAGGUCUUAGUCCACAUUCAGAUGGAAGUGCCCUUACAGUGUUGCAGCAAGGGAAGGGUGGUUCAGUAGGACUCCAAAUCCUUAAAGACAACAAAUGGAUGCCUAUUCAGCCUGCGCCAAAUGCAUUUGUCAUAAACAUUGGCGACACUUUAGAAGUUCUAACAAAUGGAAAAUACAAGAGUGUGGAACACAGAGCAGUGACUCACAAGGAAAAAGACAGGCUCUCGAUUGUCACAUUUUAUGCCCCUAGCUAUGAGAUAGAGCUUGGACCAAUUCCAGAACUGGUGGAUGAGAACAACCCAUGCAAGUAUAGGACAUACAAUCAUGGAGAGUACAGUAAACACUAUGUGACUAGCAAAUUGCAAGGCAAGAAAACCCUCGAAUUUGCCAAAGUUGAAAGCAAGAAACCUACCUAACAAGGCCCUACUUAGCCACACACACGCCCGCCUUGGGGUGCUCAAUAUUUAGAUUUUGUAUAAAAUGUCGUUUAUGUUUCUAUUUAGAAUGGUAAGGUCAAAUCACAAGUUGAUGGGAUGCACUAUUCUUAUGCAAACUCAUUUGUAUUAGCUCUUCAAUCAAUAAAAGGCGGUGGGGUCUUGUGUUUCCAAAGCA